AGUAUCCAGUGAACCAUCGUGACAGCCUGCGUGAUUGUAAACAUGGCGCCAUGCACCUCUACAGGGCUGUGCUGUUUUACAUCCCGUUUGUAGCUAGCCUGAGACACAAAACUUAACCAUGGAGACAGAAGAGGAACAACAUAUGACAACUCUCCUCUGCAUGGGUUUCCCAGAUGCAGUGGCGAUACGCAAGGCGCUACGCCUGGCGAAGAACGACAUCAACGAGGCUGUUGCGCUCCUGACCAACGAAAGCCCCGGUCUUGGGUAUGGAUAUGAGCCGAUGGAGAGUGGCCCUGCCCCAGGCCCGAGUGGAGACGGGGAGUCCAGUGGGCGGACCGGGACUGGAGGGUUCGACCCACCUCCCGCAUACCACGAUGUGGUGGAGAGCGAGAGGAGUAAUGAUGAGAAUGGGAAUUGUUCAGGCAGCAGUAUGGAGUUCCCCACCACUAACCUGUAUGAACUGGAGAACAGAGUGUUCACUGACCACUGGUCAAUCCCCUACAAGAGAGAGGAGUCACUGGGCAAAUGUCUGAUCGCAGCCACCUGCCUUGCCAAACACGGUCUGGCGGAUGCGGAUGAAAACUGUAAGCAGUUUAUGGACAGGUGUAUGCACGAGGCCUUUAAAAAGCUCCUGACCAGUAGUGCGGUCCAUAAGUGGGGGACAGAGAUCCAUGAGGGGAUCUACAACAUGUUGAUGUUACUGGUGGAGCUGGUGGCUGAGAGAGUCAAACGGGACCCCAUACCAGUUGGUGUGAUGGGUGUACUGACUAUUGCCUUCAACCCAGACAAUGAGUACCACUUUAAGAACCGUAUGAAGACGUGUCAGAGGAACUGGAGCGAGGUGUUUGGAGAGGAAGCCAUGUUUGCUGUGUCACCUAGCAACAGCUACCAAAAGGAGCCUCAUGGCUGGCUGGUAGAUUUGGUAAAUCGGUUUGGAGAGAUGGGAGGGUUCACUGCUAUCCAGGCUAAACUCAAUACACAGGAGAUAGAGAUUGGGUGUGUGUCUGCUCUGGUCCAGCCUCUAUCUGUGUGUGCAGAAUACCUCAACUCCAGCCUGGUGCAGCCCAUGUUGGAUCCUGUUAUCCAUAAGAUGAUCACCUAUGUUCAGAACCUGGAGGAGAAGGACCUGAAAGACAAGAGGCUGGUGAGCAUCCCAGAACUGCUGUCGGCCAUAAAGCUGCUGUGUAUGAGGUUCCAGGCCACCCUGGUCACUGUGGUGGACGACCUGCGCCUGGACACUCUGCUACGCAUGCUGAAGACUCCUCACUUCUCUACCAAGAUGAACUCCCUCAAAGAGGUGACUAAGCUGAUUGAGGAGAGUACUAUGUCUAAGACGGUGAAGAAUGCCAUUGACACAGACAGACUGCUGGACUGGCUGGUAGAAAACUCUGUCCUCUCAAUAGCACUGGAGGGUAACAUAGACCAGGCCCAGUAUUGUGAUCGAAUAAAAGGCAUCAUUGAAUUGCUGGGCAGUAAACUGUCUCUGGACGAGCUCUCUAAGAUCUGGAUGAUACAGGCAGGACAGUCGUCCACGGUGAUUGAGAACAUCCACACCAUCAUGGCUGCAGCUGCCGUCAAGUUCAACUUAGACCAGCUCAGCCACCUGUUUGUCCUUAUACAGAAGAGCUGGGAGGUAGAGAGUGACCGUGUGAGGCAGAAGCUGCUCAGUCUGAUUGGGAGGAUCGGUAGAGAGGCCCGCUCUGAGGCCACCACAGGAAAGGUGCUGGAGGUGCUGUGGGAGUUAGCCCACCUGCCAACCCUGCCCACCUCCCUGGUACAGCAGGCGUCUGAGGAACACCUGGCCAUCCUCACUGACGCGUACGCUGUGAAGGAGACUGUCAAACGCUGCUACAUCAUCAAAUGUAUAGAAGACAUCAAGAAGACUCAGACUGAGGAGGAGGGUAAAACCAGCGACAUUCAGAGCUCGUUUCUUACUGGCUCCUGGGGCAAGAAGAAAGCCAAAGAAAACUCAUUGGCCAAAUCUUCACAGCAGGGCAGCCCCCAAGCGGUCUGGGUUGUUCCAGCUCUGCGGCAGCUCCAUGAGAUCACACGUUCCUUCAUCAAACAGACCUACCAGAAACAGGACAAGCAGAGCAUCAUCCAGGACUUGAAGAAGAACUUUGAGAUCGUCAAAUUGAUCACAGGAUCUUUGGUGGUCUGUCAUCGACUGGCUGUGUCUGCAGCUGGGAGCAAUGGACUGGGCGGACACACACUCGUAGAUGGACGAUACACCUACCAGGAGUAUCUAGACGGCCACCUGAGGUUCCUGGCCUUCUUCCUCCAGGAGGCCAGCCUCUACCUGGUCUGGAACAGAGCCAAAGAACUAUGGGAUUGCCUGGUCUCUGGGCCCGAAGUCUGCGAGCUGGACAGAGAGUUGUGUUUUGAGUGGUUCACUAAGGGCCAGCAUGAUCUGGAGAGUGAUGUUCAGCAGCAGCUCUUCAAAGAGAAGAUCCUCAAAUUGGAGCCCUACGAGAUUACUAUGAAUGGCUUCAAUCUGUUCAAGACCUUUUUUGAGAACGUCAACCUGUGUGACCAUCGCUUGAAACGCCAGGGGACUCAACUGUGUGUGGAGCGGCUGGACCUGUCUGGGAUGGACUUUAUCUGGCGCAUCACCAUGGAAACGCCUGACGAGGAGAUCGCUAACGAGGCCAUCCAGCUCAUCAUCACCUACAGCUACACCAACCUCAACCCAAAGAUGAAGAAGGAUUCUGUGUCUUUACACAAGAAGUUCAUUGCUGAUUGUUACAAACGACUGGAGGCAGCCAGUUCAGCUCUAGGAGGCCCCACGUUGACUCAUGCUGUUAGCAGGGCAACCAAGAUGCUGACGGCCACCGCCAUGCCAACUGUUGCUACGUCGGUCCAAUCACCUUCCAGGUCCACCAAACUGGUUAUCAUUGAGAGGCUGCUGCUAUUGGCUGAGCGUUACGUCAUCACUAUCGAGGAUCUGUACUCUGUGCCUCGUACCAUUCUACCUCACGGAGCGUCGUUCAACGGCCACCCUGUCUCUCUACACGUCACCUAUGAGUCCACCAAAGACACCUUCACCCUGGAGGCCCACAGUAAUGAAACUGUAGGCAGCAUCCGAUGGAAGAUCGCCGAGCACCUCAGCUGUCCAGUCGACAAUGUCCAAAUCUUUGCCAAUGACAGCGUGUUGACAAUGAACCGGGACCAGAAGCUGCUGUCCCAGCUGGGGUUCAGUGAUGAGCAGUCUCUGACAGUGAAGAGCUCUGGCACAGGGACACCCUCAGGUGGCAGCUCUGAAUCCUCCGCCUCCGCCUCCUCCUCCAGCUCUGCGGUCUUCAACUCAGCCUACGCUAUGGAACAGGAGAAGUCCCUUCCAGGUGUUGUCAUGGCGUUGGUGUGCAAUGUGUUUGAGAUGCUCUACCAGCUGGCCAACCUGGACGAACCCCGGACAACCCUGCGUGUGCGUAAGCUGCUGCUGCUGAUCCCAACAGACCCAGAGGUUCAGGAUGCUCUAGAUAACUUUGUUCCCAAAGAGUCCAGUGUAUGGAGUCACCAGAAGACGCUGUUCACCCUGGGUCAGGGGUCAGGCUCUCGGUCUCCGUCUCUGGGUUCUAAGCAGCAGCACCAGCCCAGUGCUGCCUCCAUCUUGGAAUCACUCUUCAGAUCCUCUGCUCCCGGGAUGUCCACCUUCAGAGUCCUCUACAACCUAGAGGUGUUGAGUUCUAAGUUGAUGCCAACCUCAGAUGAUGAGAUGGCUAAGACCAGUGUCAAGUCUUUCUGUGAGAACUUCCUGAAAGCUGGUGGUCUCAGUUUGGUGGUGAACGUGAUGCAGCGAGACUCUAUUCCCUCUGAGGUGGACUAUGAGACCAGACAGGGAGUCUACUCCAUCUGUCUACAACUGGCCAGGUUCCUUUUGGUUGGCCAGAGUAUGCCGUCGUUGCUGGAUGAUGAUGUCAUCCGAGAGGGCGACACGCUGUCUAGUCGGCCGUUCCGUAAUGCGGGGCGACCGGGGAGGCAGCUGUCGCUGUGUGGAACGCCAGAGAAGAGCUCCUAUAGACAGAUGUCUCUGUCUGAACGCUCCUCCAUCAGAGUAGAGGAGAUCAUCCCUGCUGCACGCGUCGCUAUACAGACGAUGGAGGUGGGGGACUUCACCUCGACGUUGGCGUGCUUCAUGCGUCUGACAUGGGCAGCAGCCGCUGGCCGAUUGGACCUCGUCGGCAGUCCACAGCCAAUCAGACCUGAGCACAGCUCGCUCCUCCCACUUGGGGUCCGCACCCGUGUCAGCAGCACUGGAAGUAACUGCAGCUCCAGCAGUGAGGGUGAAGCGCCACCCACAGCUCUGCAUGCAGGGAUAUGCGUGAAGCAGCAGAGUGUUUCUAUUAAAGACUGCAUCAUCGCUAGAGAGGCCCUGUCACUACUGGUCACCUGUCUACAGCUACGAACACAGCAGCUAGGCUCAUUCUACAUCCUCCCCUGUGUCAGCGACUUCAUCAUCGACAUCCUGCUAGGAUCAGCCAGUGGAGAGGUACCUAGGAUGUGUGUGAGACUGAGUGUGUGUGUGUGUGUGUGUUCUAACCCGUGUCUCUGUCAGAUCCGGCGUGUGGCAUGUGACCAGCUGUACACGCUGAGCCAAUCCGACAGCUCUGCGUUUCCUGAGAUCGUCAAACCCAACGUGUUCCUGCUCCGAGUCGUCCUCGCCUCCCAGCUGCCUCUCUGGAGCCCCACGUCUGUCAUGAGAGGAGUCAACCAGAGGUUGCUGUCACAGUGUACUGAGUACUUUGACCUGCGAUGUCAACUACUGGAUGACUUGACCAGUUCGGAGAUGGAGGUGUUGUCAGUGAGUGCGGUGGCCAUGUUGGAAGAUGAAAUCAGCUGGUUGGAUAACUUUGAGCCCAGCUGGAGCUCUGAGAUGGAGACCAGUGAGGCUGACAACAUCCUGCAGGCUGGACACCUCCGCCUCAUCAAAACACUACUGUCACUCUGUGGCACAGAGAAGGAACAACUGGGUCACUCUCUGAUCCAGCAGCUGUUAGAUGACUUCCUCUUCCGAGCAUCGCGCAUCAUCCUGAACACGUCUAACCCCGCCUCCAGCUCCCCCCCCAGCCACGACUUCUUCCCCAAGUGCAGUACGGCCAGCAGCAGACUGGCAGCCUACGAGGUGCUGGUGAUGCUGGCAGACAGCUCUGUGGCCAACCUACAGCUCAUCACCAGAGAGCUGCUGUCCAUGCACCACCAGUCAGACCCCUCGCUCAGCAAGGAGUUUGACUUCCUCCCGCCGGUGGACAGUCGCUCUGUGUCGGGGUUCGUAGGGUUAAAGAACGGUGGAGCCACCUGCUAUAUGAAUGCUGUGUUCCAGCAGCUGUACAUGCAGCCUGGCCUGGCUGAGGCCUUUCUGUCUAUAGAGGACGACACGGAGCAGCCAGACGAGAGUGUUUUCUGUCAGGUCCAGUCUCUGUUCGGACACCUGAUGGAGAGCAAGCUGCAGUACUACGUCCCUGAGAACUUCUGGAAGAUCUUUAAGAUGUGGAAUAAGGAGCUGUAUGUACGAGAGCAACAGGAUGCCUAUGAGUUCUUCACUUCACUGGUGGACCAGUUGGACGAGCACCUUAAGAAAAUCGGCCGUGAGCAGAUCUUUAAGAACACAUUCCAGGGAAUCUUCUCUGAUCAGAAGAUCUGCAAAGACUGUCCUCACCGAUAUGAGCGAGAGGAGACGUUUAUGGCGCUGAACCUGGGUGUGACUUCGUGUCAGAGUCUGGAGAUCUCAUUGGACCAGUUCGUCAGGGGGGAGGUGCUGGAAGGAACCAACGCCUACUAUUGCGAGAAGUGCAAGGAGAAGCGUACCACAGUGAAGCGGACCUGCAUAAAGUCCCUGCCCAGUGUUCUCUGUAUCCAUCUGAUGCGCUUUGGAUUCGACUGGGAGAGCGGACGCUCCAUCAAAUACGACGAGCAGAUCAGGUUUCCCUGGGUGCUGAACAUGGAGCCCUACACAGUGUCUGGCAUGGCUCGUCAGGAUGGGGGGGCGGAGGGGGGAGAGGGCCGGGGGGAGGCAGGUGGCUCACCCAGGAAGAAGGUCACUAUCUCUGAGAACUACGAGCUGGUGGGAGUCGUAGUCCACAGCGGGCAGGCGCACGCUGGACAUUACUACUCCUUCAUAAAGGACCGACGGGGAAGUGCUAGAGGAAGGUGGUAUAAGUUUAAUGACAAUGUGGUCGAGGAGUUUGACAUGAACGACGAGACACUGGAAUACGAGUGCUUUGGAGGAGAGUACCGGCCUAAAGUCUACGAUCAGUCUAACCCCUACCCGGAUGUGCGGCGGCGGUAUUGGAACGCCUACAUGUUGUUCUACCAGAGGAUCAGUGACCAGAACUCUCCUGUUCUCCCUAAGAAGAGCAGAGUCAGCGUCAUGAGGCAAGAGGCAGAAGACCUCACGCUUUCGGCUCCCUCUAGCCCAGACGUCAGUCCCCAGUCAUCCCCUCGCCCUGCCAGGGCCAACAAUGACCGUCUCUCUGUCCUGACCCGCCUCGUACGGAAGGGAGAGAAGAAAGGACUGUUUGUGGAGAAGAUGCCUGCUAGGAUCUACCAGAUGGUGAGAGAUGAGAACCUGAAGUUUAUGAAGAACAGAGAUGUGUACAACAGCGACUACUUCAACUUCACUCUGUCACUGGCCUCCGUCAACGCGACAAAGCUGAAGCACCCAGCCUAUCAGGCCAUGGCCAGAGUCAGUCUCCAGCUAGCAGUCCACUUCCUGUUCCACACCUACCUCCACACCAAAAAGAAGCUGCGGGUGGACACAGAGGAGUGGAUGACUACGGUGGAGGUGCUGCUGUCUAAAAGCAGUGAAGCCUGUCACUGGAUGGCUCAGUACCUGGUGGGACCUGAGGGACGAGAGAUCACCAAAGUGUGUCUGUUGGAGUGUGGGGUGAGGGAGGUGAGGGUCGUAGUGGCAGCUGUCUUGGAGAAGACCUUAGAGAGUGCGCUCCACUUCGCUGACUCUGGAUUGGACAGCCUGACCGAUGCACUCCUCUCCCUAUUGGACAAAGACGUUCCUGAGAACGUCAAAAACUGCAACCAAUACUUCAGCCUCUUCAGCAACUUUGCUCAGAGAGGCUCUGGUCCGUGCCAUUUGUUGUUGAAACACUCAGCGUAUCGUAGGAUGCUCAUCUUUCUCCUCGGACCCAACAGACAGAACAACCAGAAUCGGAGGUGGAGUCCAGCCCAGGCCAGAGAGUUCCUGCACCUCCACUCCACUCUGGCCCUGAUGACUCUCCACUCAGACCUCAACACACAGCACACACAUGAUCACGGUGUGUGUAAGCUGAUUGUGAGCAGUAUCCCUGCCUCCUCCCGCCUCCUCCCCCUCAACGCUGACAUCAUGGCCUCGCUCUUCAGCCCCGAGGGACAGCCUUACCUGCUAGAGGUGAUGUUUGCGGUACGGGAGUUGUCCGGCCCUCUGACUGUGCUGAUAGAGAUGGUGACGUACUGCUCCUUCUGUAACGAACCCUUCUCCCUCGGAGUACUACAGCUGCUCAAGACCCAGUUGGAGACCGCUCCACCCCAUGAGUUGAAGAACGUGUUCCAGCUGCUGCAAGAGCUGCUGGUGGUAGAGGACCCUCUCCAGACCCAGAGACUGAAGUACGCCUUUGAGUCAGAGAAAGGCCUGCUCGCAUUGAUGCACCAGAGUAACAACGUGGACAGCAGCCGCUGCUACCAGUGUGUCAAGUUCCUGGUUACCCUGGCACAGAAGUGUGCUCCUGCAAAGGACUAUUUUAAAGAUCUGUCUGGUCACUGGAGCUGGGCAGUGCAGUGGCUGCAGAAAAAGAUGUCAGAACACUACUGGACUCCUCAGAGCAAUGUGUCCAAUGAGACGUCCACAGCCAAAACGUUCCAGCGCACCAUCUCAGCCCAGGACACGCUGGCCUACGCCACAGCGCUGCUCAACGAGAAGGAGCCAUCUGGCAGCAGCAACGGCUCUGACGGCAGCCCAGCCAACGAGAACGCAGACCGCAGCCUCCGACAGGGUUCCGAGUCUCCCAUGAUGCUCGGUGAUUCAAAGAGUGAUCUGGAGGAUGUCGACCCUUAGCUUCUCCUACCAGACACUACCUCCAAUGGAGAGAAGGCUCCAGACAGCCAAUCAAAAGACUGCUUUUCACCUCUGAUUGGCCAGAGUUUUGAGGGAGAGGCCCGCUACAGCCUGGUUUGCGGAGCAACAAAGGAUGUGUGAAAUAUCUUGAGUGACUUCCGGCCAGACUAAUGUAAUCAGAGCUGGAGGAGAGUUUGGAGACCAGACUAAUGUAAUCAGAGCUGGAGGAGAGUUUAGAGACCAGACUAAUGGAAUCAGAGCUGGAGGAGACUUUAGAGACCAGACUAAUGGGUUACAGUGCAGUUUAUUCUUCUCUUACUGGCUGAGUCAGAAAGUUCAGCCCUUUGCCUUUGUAGUUCACUACUUUGGGCCAAAGGUUCAGUGACGGCUAGUGGUACUAGACUGUAUCGGCAAGAGUGUCAUUUCAGAUGUAGCCACUAUUGUCUCACAAGGAAGGGAUGGGUUUGUUUUGUAAGUUGUUGCUCAUAUUUGGCAAUGUAACUAAACAGACCAUAUUCAUUAUUGUAAAGAUCUGUUCGAUAGCUGUAAUUUGAAAUGUAAGAUAAUAUUUUAAAGUCUCCUGUGCUCCACUCUGUAGAUGUGUGUAUGUGUGAGCCCGCGGUAUGACCUGCUCUGGAAGAACACCACACACACACACACAUAUAUAUAUAUGUUUAACCAGGGUUUUUAAGUAUGCACUUUAUAGUCCACCCCAGUCUAUAGUGGAGUAGAGCAAUAGUGAUCAGGUUCGCUAGAGCAGCUUAACCAUCCUCAACACACACACACCAUCACAUGUCUUUCUUUUGGUGUUAGCACUUAUUAUUACACCAAACUUAGUUUUCAGCUUGUUACACACACAGUACACACUGCCGAUGCCACUGUAGAGAACACGCGCUCCUAUGGCUAUGUCUGUUGCUCCGGUAACCACAGUGGUAUCUAGGAAUGGCGCAGUCUACGGAGGGUUCUAGAACCCGAACGGAACCAAACCAACCAAUCAUUCAGCGCUCUCUCCUCCCCUCCCCUACAGCGAAUCACAGCGCUGGAUUUUAGGUAUUUUAAUUUCUUUGUUUUUGGUUUCUCCUGACGUCGCUGUACUUAUGCCACCACCACUGCCCUGUGACACACACACCAGAGAGAAGGUCAUCGUGCCAACCAGAGGAGAGAUCAGGAGCAAGUUUUACUUUGGGUGCCAAUGAAAUACACACACUGUCUUCCCCUCUUUUUAUUUUUAUAUAUAUACACACCAUACUCUGCUUUAUCAUUAUUAUUUGGCGCUGGGUUUUUCUUUUUUUGCCUUUUUAUCUUUGUCUGUUCAGGUUUGCCUUUGGACACAGAGGGGCAUAACCUCACCCCUAAGCUCUGAUACCAAACCCCACCCCACCUGGACCUCUGACCGCUAACCUCUUGACCUAACCCAACUCCUGGGAGAAUUCUAGUGCCUUCAUCUCCCAACUCCCCUCACCUCUCUGAAAUCAAAUUUUAUUGGUCACAUACGUGUUUAGCAGAUGUUUUUGUGGGUGUAGUGAAAUGCAAAGUUUCCUAAGAGCUCGAAGCGAGGCAGCCCUCUGUCAGUGCCAUUUUUAAGCAUCUCGUCCCUCUCACACCAAUCCCCUACCUGGCAACAGAUGACUUGCUAUAAUGAACUGUGUGUAUGUUACCAUGCUGUGUAUUGACCAGCAGACUGACCGGCCCUCAGCCUUCUAAGACCAGGAUAUGUCAGAGCUUUCAGGUGUGUUCUAGGUCUGGUGUGCCAGUGACACAGCACUCCUCACUCAGAGCCUACUGCUCAGUUUGACCCUCAACAGCACCUGUAGUACUUCUCAGAACAGUACCAUCUGUGGUGUGUAGUAAGGGGGAGAGGGAGGGAUGGAAUUACAGAAUGAUAUGGAUCCAGAUUUUUAUUCUGUCUCAUUCUGCUUUGAGCAUCACUCCUGCUGAAGGCCAGUCCGAGGCAGGACCAUUCAUGUUGAAACCCAGUUUUCAUUUGUACAUCAGUUUGAUUAUGGGGAAAUUUGAUAUAAAAUAAACUGGAAUGCCCAACCUUUUUGUAAA